AUGCAACGUCGGGUGCGCGACGCCCGACUUGUGCUGGGCGCGCCGGAGGGGCUGCUGCUGCUGCUGCUUGAGGUGCCGUUGGAGCUGCGGCCGGCGUGCGGGGCGGUCGUGGGCGUGGUGCCAGCUGCUAGCCUGGCCAGAGGAGUGGCGGUGGUGCGGCUGGCCCACCGGCUGGUCCGACGCCUCUGCCACGCGGCUCGAUUGCCCGCACUCGCACGCACACGCCAAACGCAGGGCCACCACGCGCAGCAACAGCAGCAACAACAGCAGCAGCAACAGCAGCAGCCCAGUUACCAAAUGCAGAUGCUGAAGCGCGAACCCACCACCACGAGCGGCUACCACAUGCCGCUGCUGCAAAGCCGGCUGCAGAACGGGCCCCCGAACGGCUCGAUGAAGCCCGAGCCGUCGUGGAACGACUGCCCGUCCCCGUCUUCCUCUACUCCGUACCUGAACAGUAAAGACAUGAUGAUGCCCCACACGACGACGGGCAGCCCGCCGGGCCACGUGGUGAGCACCACGGACAACUCCAUGCUGCUCAACGGCCGCUACCAGCAGCGCAACGGCGGCAACGCGCGCGCCGCGACCUUCGGCCAGAUGCGCGGCCUCAAGGCCACGGGCAUCCCGUCGCCCGACAUCCUCAACGGCAGCUCGCUGGACGGGCUGACGGGCGGCGCGGCCGGCGCCAUGUUCCCGCACACCACCACCGCCACCACCACCACGCCCUCGCCCAGCAAGAGCAAGAACCGCAACCGGUCCAACCGCAGCAAGGCGGGCGGCGGCGGGGGCGGGUGCGCGGGCGGCGCGGGCAGCGUGGUGUACGCGGCCGACGGCGCGGGCGGCCUCCUGGGCAAAGAGAAGCCCGUGCACCGGUGCACCAUCUGCAACCGCGGCUUCCUCAACAAGUCCAACAUCAAGGUGCACCUCCGGACGCACACCGGCGAGAAGCCCUUCCGCUGCGACGUGUGCGGCAAGGCCUUCCGGCAGAAGGCGCACCUCCUCAAGCACCAGCAGAUCCACAAGCGCGUGGGGCGGGACUGA